UCCUUCCCCUCAUCAUCCUCCUGCGCGCCUCGGCUGCGCCCUCCUCUCUCAAUCACCAUGAGCUUUGCCGACAUAGAAACGGGGGACUCCCCACAACGGCUCACGAAUGCCAGCGCGCCGCAGUCCAGCGAGGACUCCGCGUUCCUCGACCUUCAAUCGUCCCUGUCCCUUCAGGUGUUCAAGAUGAACGCAAACGUGCAGGGGAUCUACAAGCUUGUUGACUGCUUGGGGACGCCGAAGGACUCUGCGACGCUGCGGAAGAGAUUACACGACCUGACCGAAUCGACGCGCGCGAUGGUGAAGCGCGCAUCGGAGGAUCUCAAGAAGCUCACGGCCUUGCAAACGAAUCUGCCACACCGCAAGACGCCACUGCAGAAGACCACGCACGAUAUGCAGCAGGCUAUGCUCGGCUUCCAGCGCGCGCAGCAAGUCAGCGCCGAGCGCCAGCGCAACGUCGUGGAAGGCGUCAAGCAUGCACUAGACGAGGACGAGUCGCCAGACGCCGACCAUACUCAGACGCCUCAACAGCAACAGCAGACCCAGUUAUUGCAGCAACAAUUGUCACCACAUGAGCUUGCGUACCAGGAAUCAUUGAUCCAGGAGCGGGAGGCGGAGAUUCGCGAGAUUGAGAGCGGCAUUCACGAGCUUGCGGAGAUCUUCAAUGACCUCGGACACCUCGUACAGGACCAAGGGCAGAUGCUACACAACAUCGAGUCAAACAUCUCUUCCGUGGCCGUUGACACCGGCGGAGCUGCAGAAGAGCUCACUACCGCGGCAGAGUACCAGAGGAAGGCAGGACGACGGGCGGCGUGUCUGCUGCUCAUCCUUGCUUUCGUCGUCGCCAUCGUGCUCCUCGCUGUGUUGUCUUGACGUGUUUGCUCGUCUUGUUUUGGUCUAUUUGUCCGAUUUUCUCCUGCCAUUACGCCCUUCCUCUAUUGUCUGAACACGUCCCCUUUUCUUUCACUACAUCAUCCUGCUUCUGUUUCUGGUUUGUCAUCGGGCGCCUGCUCUAAUGUCUUCGCCAGGACCUUCACUUGACUUUUGUUACCGGGAACAAUUGAUGUCUACGCUUAAUCUUCAUUCAUUUGGAAGCUGGAGGGUACUUAUGUGUAUGUAUGCACGCGUAAUGACUAUGUUGACGUUUUGGGAGACCUUAGAGUCUUCCCCUUGUA